AUGAUAAAGUCAGUAUGCGACAACAAAUACGGAAUUGCUACUCAAGUAGUAGAUGCCUCAACAGUGAGAAAAGCAACUUCGGAUAGCAAAAAAACAAUAUACUACAACAUAGCAUUGAAGAUCAAUUCCAAGUUAGGCGGUGUCAAUCAAGCAGUCAUCUUCGACGACGAUUCUGGUUCCGCUGAAGUUUCGCCUAAAGAAGCCGUCAUGUAUAUGGGAAUCGAUGUAACACAUCCCACAAACACCAGUGAUAUUGACAUCUCCAUUGCGAGUAUUGUGGCCAAUGUCGAUUUGGCCGCGACACGGUACACCAAUGAAAUCAUGGCUCAAAUGAGGGCCAGAGAAACAGUUGAACUUUUUGAGACGCAGUUCAAACGAUUGAUGACAAAAUUCCACGAGCAUUCAAAAGUAUGGCCGCGACAUAUAGUCGUGCUUCGUGACGGGGUCAGCGAUUCAGAAAUGUUAAGAACGGCUACGGUUGAGCUUCAGUGCAUGCGGUAUCGAUUGUUUUCUGUAAUUCGAACAUGGAAGACCUGCUUGUAUCGAACCUGA